AUGGUGGCAUCCGCGUCUGGAUACGGUACGCUACGCCGUUUUCUAAGCGCGCCCGAGGGUCAAAGCGUGGAGCAGACCGGGCAAGUGGUCACGACAACCUCGGUUGCAGUCUCGUCGAAGCAGCGGGCGUCGAUUAAAUGGCUGCUAUCUAAGGCGUUCAACAACAGGGUCCCGGAGAAUCUUCAAGAGCCCUUCUAUAGGGAUCAUGAGGAUCAAGAACACCUUAAGCCGCCGAUAGUUGGCGGUCUGGCGAACGCGGAAUUGUACUGCUUGGCACUGGCGAACAUGUACUCGGACCCGAACUACCACAGUCUGAGCCACUGGAAUAUCCUGCAGACGCUGGCGCGCAAGGGUGUGCCGGUGCCAGACCCCGCCGACUGCGCGCUCACCGAGACAGUGCUAAUACAAACGAACCCGCUUAAGAUGAGCGCGCAUAUGGCGGUGAUGGAGGCUCUGAUGGUGCUGUACGCGCGAGAAGUAGUAACCGUAGACCGCGUGGCGGCGGCCAUACAGCGCUUCGGCGUUACACUGCAACCGCCGACCGGCGGCCCUACCCAUGAGGAUGGACUCAUCAGCUGGAUCAAUGCGGCGUGCGCAGCGCUCAACACCGCAGAGGAGGACACGUCGUCACCCGUGCCACCCGUGAAGAGCCUGCAGGACGUUUGCGACGGCACAGCGCUGGCGGCGCUCGUGUCAUUCUACUGCCCGGAGGUGCUGCCCCGGAGUGCCGUGCGCGUGGGCCGCAUGGCCUCCAUACACGACUGCCUGCACAACUUAAUGCUUGUGCGAGACUUCUGCCGCGAGCGCCUGCCGCACGACAUCUUCCACAUGAUGCCCGAGGACGUCGCCUACAUGCGAGGCUCCAUGCGUCAGAACUUAGUAGCAAUGCUCGCUGAUCUUUUCAAUAUGCUAGAAGUUCAUCCUGUGAAGUCUGUCAAGUAUCCCGGCAUUGUGUCGCGGUCGCCUAUGAGCGCGGGGGUGCGCGGGCGCGCGGCUGGUCGGUCGGCGUGUUCGACGCCGGAGCGACGCAGUGCCAGCCCACAGCGCGACGAGUUCGUGGUGCACCGCGGCCGGGCCAUCACCACGCUCUCCGCGCUCGUGCGCCGCGACGAGGAAAACGCGCUGUGCCAGGGGGCGGGCGCGGGGCCGGGGGCAGGGGCGGGCGUGGCGGCCGGGCGGCCGUCACAGCGCGGCGCGCGCGAGUCGUUCGCGGGCCGGCGCUCGCGGCGCUCGUCCAUUUCGGACGACAGCCAGCUCACGGUGGAGAACUUCGGCGGAUCGCAGGACCGGCUGCACUUCGCCGGCCGCAACCCGGAGAAGGAGCUCGCCACCGUCGCUGCCAUGCCGCACCAGCGGAAGAUAUCCGCGCCUGCCGGUCCUGUGGAUUAUAAUCCACCUUUACGCUCGUCAAGACAAGACAUCCGCGGUUCCAUUCAGUUCUUGCACGAGGACUAUCAGAACGGCGGUCAAGAAGAGCGUUCCAAAAUGGAGCGACAAAACUCGCAGCCGCAAAGCACGGAGCAACAUUACUACCCGAUAAAACGACAGCUGAGCAGCGAUACGAUCACACUUAACCAAAGUUACGGGUUAAGUUAUAAGGGAGGAGGGGAUGGAUUCUUCCUCAACGACAAGGACUCCACCGACGGCGAUGGUACGAAACUGAGCUUCGCAGACCUUAAAAACAUCAGAAGCAAUGGUGACCAGCAAGGUCAUUUUAACCAAACAGAAAGCGAAAAGACAGAUAGGCGAAAAACGACGACCUUCUCGACGCCGCCACCCAACACCACCACCUGGCAGCAGCAGUUCAUGCAGCAAGAACAUCAGCCAAAUGGCGAUGAGAUGUCGGAGGAGACGGAGCCGGGCGGGCAGGGCGGCCACGGCAUGGCGGCGCAGCUCAACAACAUCCGGCUCAAGCUGGAGGAGAAGCGGCGCCGCAUCGAGCUCGACAAGCGCCGCCUAGAGCUCGCCGCCAACCGCCAGCGCCAGCAGCUCGGCCAGCAGGCCUUCCUGCAGGCCGUCACCCGGGGCAAGGGAGCGCGCACGCCCGCUGACGACGACGCCAAGGACGACCAGCCGCACGCACAGGAGAUGGUGGUUGAACCGCCCGGUCAAACUGCGGAGAAUGUGGCCUUGGAACAGUAUCAACAAUCUAUUGCCAAAAUGAACUCUAGCCUGCAGGAUAUACAGAGCGACAUCGCGCGUCUCGCCAGCCAACAGAGCCAGUUGCAGCAGCAGCAACAGCAACAACAUCAGCAACAGCAACAACAGCAGUUGCAACAGCAGCAACAGCUACAGCAACAGCAGCAGCAACAGUUGCAACAGCAACACCAGCAGUUACAACAACAGCUGCAGCUGCAACAGCAACAAGCACAGCAGCUAUUCCAGCAGACGCAGGCGCCUGCUCAAGCACCCUACCAACAGCAGUUUCAACAAAACAUUCCACAAUUGCACAGCCAGUUCAGCUCGCAGCACAACGUGUCGCGGGCGGGGCUCGCGCCGGGCUUUGGGUCGACGCCGCACAUCCCGCGCGAGUACUUCGCGUACGAGCAGCAGCAAUCGCCGGCACCGACGCCGCAGUACCAGUACCGCGACGUCGACGAGUCCGCGGCGCGCCAGUUCUACCUGCACGAGCGGGCUGAGCGGGCUGAGCGGGCCGAGCGCGCGCAGCUGGAGCAGCUCGAGAGCCCCGCGCCGGCGCCGCGCCGCACCUGGGCGCAGCACGCGCAGCUGCACCACGAGCACGCCGAGCUGCGCGCCUGGCAGCUCCAACAACAGAAUCAUCAACCAUAUCAGCCACCCCACGAACUGCCACAGAGAACAUGGAAAUCACCUUCACCCCAACCGCCACCGGAGCGGAAUUGGAACCCACAGGGUUUCAUUCUGCACGAUAGAACGAAUCAACCCUUCCAAGUGCAUUACAACAACGACCGGUAUCAAAAUGGUACCGAGAACAUUCGAGAAACACAAAACCAUUUAAGCUAUACUGUGAUAAAUCCUAGCCAAUACGUAUCCCAAUCGCCCCCACCUGCGGCCAGUCCGCAGCGGCGCUCGAAAACCCCGCAACGACAGGGAUCGCUGCCGGAAGUAUCGAGGAAGCCGGAACCCGUCAGCUUGCAGCAGUUGCAGUCGCCCGUGCCCGUUCCCCCGCCGGACGACAUGGAGCCGCAGAACAUAUCGUUCAUCGGCAACGCCGAAGACGACGCCUUACGCCAGGGGAUAAGCAGACUGAACAUAUCAUCAGGCACGCGCACCUACCGCAUACCGUCGCCGACUAGACCUUCUCUGAAUAGAAACUCGUUCCAGCACCUCGAGCAAGAGGAACCGAGCGAAAAAAACGAAAAGGGCUUCUACAUAUCGUUCGACAACGAACAGCCGAAGCGACCGAAGCCGCCGUUGAGGGCGAAACGCGGCUCUCCGCGGAAGGAGCGCUCGGCUUCAGAGCAACACAGUCCCGAGCGAAGUCCCGAGCGUAGCCCUGAGCCACGUGACGACUUCCCGGUGCAUAGGAAUGCGCCCGCCGACCUGAACGCACGAUCUAAUGACGUUUCUUCGGAUCAAAGAGAAACGCCACCUAGAGAGCGAACCCAGCGCGCCAACAACGCCGAGCCAGCGGCUUUGAUCAUCGGCGAGCUGAACCCUGACCCGAAUUCGGCGGAGGAGAUGGAGCGAAAGAAGGAGCGCAUCAUGCUGCUGUCGCUGCAGCGGCGGCAGCGCGCGGACGAGGCACGAGCGCGCGCGGACGCGGCGGCGGCGGCGCGGCGCGCGCGCGAAGACGCCGCGCUCGAGCACAAGCUGGCGCGCAAGCAGGAGCAGGCGCGUCGCCGCGAGGCCAUACUGCAGCAGUACAAGCUCAAGAAGGCCAUCGAGGAGGCCGAGCGUGAGGGCAAGGUGCUGGAUAAAAACGAGUUCUUGGAGACGCUGAAGGCGGGCGGGCACUCGCCGAGCGCGGGCGGGGGUGGCGGGGGCGGUGGAGGCGGCGGGGGCGGGGGAGUAGCGGCUCGGCUUCGCGGCAAGGCGGCGCGCGCGCGGCCUAAGACCAUUCACGUGGACUCGGGCGCGCUGCACGCCGCCGAGGGCAUGCUGGCUAAGCAGCCGUCCGCCACCAACCUCUCCGCGGGCGCGAUGCGGCGCGACUACUACCGCGGCUCGCAGGACAGCCUGGCCGAGCGCGCCGGCCUCUACCGCGAGUCUCCUAUCGAAGACCGCGGCGGUAUAUCACCGAGCAGUGCGUCGAGCGGGCCACUCGCAAGACGCGGCUCGUGCAAAACGUCGCGUGAGCGUGUGAAUGAUGAAGCUCAGUCGUCACGUGGAAGGUCUAAAUAUACCACUUACCAGAAUAACUUUAAGGCUGGGAGGAAAUCUAGCUCUCUUAUGAACUUGUGCGACUCGGGGCUGGGGCGCGCGACGCCGCCGCGGCGCGCCGCGUCGCCGGGCGUGCGUGCGGGCGGCGCGUCGGGCCCCGGCUCGCUACCCAGCGCCGGCGCGCACACGGCUGUGGGCCGCCGCCGCGCGCCGCUGGACGACGCCUCCGACGUCUCAUCCACGCACUCCUCCAUCAUGGACUACUCGGGCCCGAAGCUGUACAAGCAGCCGACGACGAAGUCGAACCGCGGCAUCAUGCUGAACGCGGUGGAGUACUGCGUGUUCCCGGGCGCGGUGAACGCCGAGGCCAAGCGGCGCGUGCUGGAGGAGAUCGCGCGCUCGGAGAGCAAGCACUUCCUCGUGCUGUUCCGCGACGCCGGCUGCCAGUUCCGCGCGCUCUACUCCUACUGCCCUGACACCGACCAGGUCACCAAGCUCUACGGCACCGGCCCCAAGCACGUCAACGACAGGAUGUUCGAUAAGUUCUUUAAAUAUAAUUCGGGUAGCAAGUGCUUCUCACAAAUCCACACGAAGCACCUCACGGUCACAAUCGACGCCUUCACGAUACACAAUUCGCUGUGGCAAGGCAAGAAGGUGCAACUCCCCAGCAAGAAGGACAUGGCGCUCGUGAUAUAA